AUGGCUGUUACCGAAACCGCUGCUGGGCGAGCAGCGUCGAAGGAGCAGCCUGGCUCUGGUGCUACUCCCCCAGAUAGCUCAGUCGAAGACCAUUUCUUCUGGACAUACACCGAAGAACCACAUAGAACACGGCGGCAAGCUAUCAUCAAGGCCCAUCCAGAGGUGCUGAAGCUUUGCGGUCACGAACCUCUUACCAAAUAUCUCGUCCUCGCCGUCGUCUCCCUUCAGGUUGCAUGUGCAUACCUCCUGCGCGAUACCUCUAUUUUGUCAUGGCAGUUUUUUGUCACUGCGUACGUCGUGGGCGCUACCGCAAACCAGAACCUGUUCCUCGCAAUACACGAAAUAUCACAUAACCUCGCAUUUAAGUCGCCCUUAGCCAACAGACUCCUGGCCAUUGUUGCCAAUCUGCCCAUUGGAAUACCAUACUCUGCUUCGUUCCGACCAUAUCAUCUCACACACCACAAGUCCCUUGGUGUAGCCGGUCUGGAUGCCGACCUUCCAACCGCCUUCGAAGCACUCUUCCUUGAUUCUUUACUCGGCAAAACAUUCUUCUGCACCUGUCAAAUCCUCUUCUACGCCAUCAGGCCCAUGUUCAUCUAUACCCCCAAGUUCACGUACAUUCAUCUGAUCAACAUCGUUGUGCAAAUCGCAUUCGACAUUGCUUUGUGUAAAUUCACCGGUUCCCUCCAGCCACUCUACUACUUCAUCCUAAGCUCUUUCCUGGCUGGCUCAUUACACCCAUGUGCCGGCCACUUCAUUGCGGAACACUACUUCUUCUCUCGCAUCAAGACUGGUGGCACUGAAUCCCUUCUCACCCUCAAACAGCAAAAGGAACAGCAGGCCACAAAUACUAAAACUGUCGACCCUUCAAUCCCGCCGCCAGAGACAUACUCUUAUUACGGUAUCCUGAACAUUCUGACAUAUAACGUCGGUCUGCAUAACGAGCACCAUGACUUCCCCGCCAUUCCAUGGUCACGUCUUCCCAAACUGCAUGAGAUUGCAAAGGAGUAUUAUGAAACCCUUCCUUGCCAUCGUAGCUGGGUCUGGGUGAUCUGGAUGUUCAUUCUAGACAAGGAUGUUGGUAUGUGGUGCCGUGUUAAGCGUGCUGAGGGCGGCCGGAUCGUUGGCGGUGAUAAGAAAACUACCAAAGCUGACAGCGGGUGGGCUGAAAAUGAGAUUCAGAACUGA